UCCCCCGGUUCCCGGCGCUUCCAACCGCCCGCGCCUGCUGCGGGGCAGCGGCUGGGAUGGCGAACCGCGGAGCCGAGGUAGUGACGAGAGCAGCGGUUCCGCCAUUGGACGAGGAGGCCUGAGGGACGGGCCAGCGGCGCACAAGGAGAGAGCGAGGCGGGUGGCCCCGAGAGAGCGAGGGCAAUGGAGGCCAACAUGCCGAAGCGGAAGGAGCCUGGCAAGUCCCUCCGCAUCAAAGUCAUCUCCAUGGGCAACGCCGAAGUGGGAAAAAGCUGUAUUAUAAAGCGAUACUGUGAGAAGAGAUUUGUGUCUAAAUACCUGGCAACAAUUGGAAUUGACUAUGGAGUCACAAAGGUACAAGUCAGAGACAGAGAAAUCAAAGUUAACAUCUUUGAUAUGGCUGGACAUCCCUUCUUCUACGAGGUUCGUAAUGAGUUUUACAAGGACACACAGGGUGUGAUACUGGUCUAUGAUGUUGGGCAGAAAGACUCCUUUGAUGCCCUUGAUGCAUGGCUAGCAGAAAUGAAGCAAGAGCUUGGACCUCAUGGAAACAUGGAAAAUAUUAUAUUUGUAGUGUGUGCCAACAAGAUUGACUGUACCAAGCACCGCUGCGUAGAUGAAAGUGAAGGGCGUCUUUGGGCUGAAAGCAAAGGGUUCUUGUACUUUGAAACUUCAGCACAAACUGGAGAAGGAAUCAAUGAGAUGUUCCAGACCUUUUAUGUAUCCAUAGUUGAUUUAUGUGAAAAUGGCGGGAAACGUCCUACCACAAAUAGCAGUGCUAGUUUCACCAAAGAACAAGCAGACACCAUUCGCAGAAUUCGAAAUAGUAAAGAUAGUUGGGACAUGCUGGGUGUCAAACCUGGGGCCUCAAGGGAUGAAGUCAAUAAAGCGUAUCGAAAACUUGCUGUGCUUCUUCACCCUGACAAAUGUGUAGCACCUGGAAGUGAAGAUGCCUUCAAAGCAGUUGUGAAUGCCCGGACAGUCCUCCUGAAAAACAUCAAGUAGAAAGCAGAGAAAAAGAAAGAAGUGUGGGACUGGCGUGCAAGCAGACUCUCCCUAAAGGUGAAAUAGCCAACAUGGAGUUUUCCUUCACAUAAGCUCACUGCUCUUUCACUCAUGUGUUGUCAUUUGUAAAUCAGUAAUUCAGGUGUCUGUUACCAUUUCACGGACAUCUUACUGAGAUGACUUGCCUGUGUAUGAAGGGAAGAGAACCGAGAGUCACAUGUACACUAUGCUUAAUUUCAUAUCUCUAGAUCAUCUGAAUUUUUUUCUCAUUCAGUUGUAAGCUCGUAAUUAUAGCAUCCCUUAGGCAUUUCACUUGGGAAAGUUCCCAAGGUCUCUGGACGGAGGGUGGAGGGACAGGAGGAAUGUUUCACGUUUUUCUUUUUUAAAAAAUUCAUCAUCAGAGGAGGAAAUUACAAAAAAUGAAGCAGACAACAUCAGAACCACUGAAAUUUUGGUGUGACCUUGUAAGCAAAUUGCGAUGAAUGAAUCUCAGCAGCCGGUACAAUUCUGAAUUGAGUUUCUCUUUUAUGACAGUCACUCUGUUCUCCCUCUCCAACCACCAGGGGGAGAGACAAGCCGGUCCUGAGUGAGGAAAGGCAGCGGCAGCCACAAAGUCUGGGUCCACUGGCUGCCGCUCAUCCUUGCCAUAGAAACGGUUGCUGGCAGCAGGAGCCAGCGCUGUGCCCCUGGCAAUGAGCAAUCAGGCCCUGGGAUGGAAGUACUUGCAGGCCACACCUGGAAGGAAGGGCCAGCCUAGCUCGGGGUGAGUCUGAUGCACUCGGACAGUCCCCGUGGGAGGCUUAUCCCUUUUCUUAUCCCUCAUCAUCCCCCGCAGGCAGGCGGGUAAGGCAGGGCUGCUGCUGAGAAGUCUGGCCUCUCAUUGCUUCUUCACCAGUGUUACUUCCUCUUUCCCCCCCAUUCUUCUCUUCUCCUCUCAUCUUUUUACACCCCACAUCUGCCAUCAUUUCUCUCUUUUGAAUCCCUGGCUUCUGGCCACUGCCUCCUCCAUCUUCCCUGCCAAGCCUUGACCUGGGCCUGGUUGACCAGAGACAAGUGUGGAUCCUUUGGAUGGUGGUAGGGGAAGAUCUCAGGGCCUGUGCCGGGAGGAAUCUUUAAUUUUUGCCUGGGCUGCAAAUUUCUAGAGAGUAAUCUUUUUAAACUGCAGAUUAUAAAAUACGUUCUCUGGCCAUAGUCUGCUCCUCAGUCUACAAGGAGUAUCAGGACUGGCAUUUCUUACAGCCCUUCUAGAACUAGCCUCAUGACUUGGCUUAUUACAUCAUCACUCUUGUUACAUUACUCAUAUUUUUAGCUGCAUCCACACUGCACUAAUUGGGGCUUUAAAGUAUAUAAAAUGUUACUGUCCUGAGAAUUUUAAAAAGCUAUCCCAUAUUGAUUGCUUACAGCAUCUACCUUACCACCUAAGAAGAAUAGCCACUUUCUUAUACUCCAAGCCCACUUCAGUCUUCUGGUUUUUACCUCUGCCAAAGCAGCUUCACCUGUGUGACUGUGCUUAGGCAGCAUUGCACGUGUCAUCAGGAAGCCAGACCAUUGUUUUACAGUAUAAGUUUUCAUCUUGAUGAUAUCAAAAAUGCUUUGUUUUCUGAACUGAGAUCUGUGAUUUCUUGUGAGAUUUUCCUCUGGCCUUUGAAUUAGCCUCUGGGACCAGAGAACUCCAACCCAGAGUUCUUCUGGACCUAAAUCCUUUAGCCUAAGGAAGGCCUUCAUCAUGCUUAAUGGACUCAAACAUGAUCAUGCAUGGCAGCGUCAGCACAAAUUGACAUGACAGCUGAGUACAUGGCCCUGGAUAAAAGCUGAUGCCAGUUUUCAUCACUGUUACUAAAUACUCGAUUGGUCACCUCGUUCAACUGUAUUAUGCAGAUGAGCAAUUACAGCAGAUUCUUUAUGAAGUGCUUCCAUUCAUUCCUCAUGAAUGACUUGGUGAAAUUUAGCCCUGGCUUAUGAUGCUUAGGCCUUGGGACUCAGUUUCCAACACCUUCAUUAUUAACAUUAAGGAUGGCCAUAUACUACUUCAUAUAUGUAAAAGGAACAAAAUGAGAAAGGUUUUAAGGUCCUAGAAUUUUUCUGAUUUCCAUAAUCCUUCUGCAGAAUAUUAAGAAAUAACAAAGCAUGAUCUGCAAUGGAAAGUUUUUUUGGUACUAACUUCAUGCAAAAUUUUACAGACCUCUAUGAAUUCAUUUAAAUUCUUGGUGCAAAUAUGUACUUUGUAGUUCAAUCUUAUGAAAAAUUCUUCAGCCAGUUAGGAUUGCAAAAUACAUCACUAAGUAACAACUAGCAGAAUAAUUUCAAUGGCUAAAAAUUUUUUUUAUAGAGAAUCUUGUUUUUCAAAAAAGAGCAAAAGUUUGAACAGCUGUUAUUAAAGAAAAGCCAUGUCUUCCACAUCUGAGUCACCAAGAAAUAACACUUUUUAAACUUGUUAGAAAUCCCUAGAGGCAUUUCAAAUUAAUUGCCUAACCUACCUAAGCACUUUAAAAUUCACCCUCCCUUUGUUCCUCUGUUCCUCUUGCUGUGCCUCCUUUUGGAUUGAUAUUCUCAACUGUUAAUAUUUCUUUUCCUUCAGAAUUGUCGUUUUAUUUCUUCAUAUAAAUGUGUCCUUGGUUUUAUUAUUCUUUUAAUUUAAAAGUCCAGCCUUGAGGGCCAUUGUGUUGCUACCCAAGAUAAACCACUGUAAUUCCAUAGAUUGCACACCAUUCUUCAAGACUUACAUUUACCUCAGGAAACUUACUCUAAUGUGUUCUCAUAUAUUGAAUUCUCAACUGGUAAAUAUUUCUCUAUACCUAUAAACUAGCACCUAAUUCACUGUUAGUUAAAUGAGCCAUAGACACGGCAGCUAAAUUUCUGAAGGGUCGCCAGGGUGGUAAGCAGCAGCCCUGCAAGCUCUGAAUCAGUAAAAAAAAAAAAAAAAUGUAGCCGUUCCCCAUAGAACAAUGACAGCAUCACAGGGAGGAGGGAGGUAUUUCAGUCUCUAGUUAGAAAGGGUAGAACCAUAGCUGUACAGUGUGCAUAUUGCCUUUGACAGUGACAAUGCCCUUCUUACAAGUAAUUCCAGAAGGUUUGGGAAUGUUGUCUCCUUCACCACUGAACCCCAUGGAGCUCACUUUGUGUCUGCCAACGUUUUUUGGAAAACUGAAAAUGAAUUUAGCUGCAAAAUAUAGCUAACCAUUGCAAGCUUUGCAAAGUGGAGAGGUUUAUCCUUCCCAUAAUUGGUAUUUAGCACAAUUGUAAGAUGCAGUUAAUACUGUUUGUACAUUGGUUUUUCCACUAAGCUUUCCUAGAGAAAACAAAAGCUUACAUUUGUGAUGUGGAUAAGUUAGAUUAUGUCUAACAAGCAGUGCAAUAUUAAGCUGUGCAAUAAAGGCCCUGUUGGUGAGAUGACAACUUUUGUUGGAAAGUUGGACAGUUUUGGUUGCUUCCUGCAUUAAUUGCUCCCUGGGCAUUCUUCCCCUUUGAGUGUGAAUGCAGAGUCUAUAAAUGAAGCCUUUGCUCUUACAAAGUAAUUUACAUAUUUGCUUUCUGUUUAAAUAACUGAAAAUGUUAAAUCUACCAGUUGUUUAUGUCUUGUAUACAGAGUGUCAUAUGUAUUUAAGUUGUGUAUUUUUAUAAAGUAAAGCCAAAUAUCAAACA